AUGCAUAACGGUGAAGUAGUUUUACAUAAUUCAGGAAAGUGUCCAUUUAUUUCUGGGCAAGAAUUCUCAGCUGUGAACGAUUCAUUAUCAUCUGCUGGCAACGCAGAUGAAAAUAGAUUACUUUGGACACCAGAAAUCGAGCGAGUCCAACUACAAAAUUAUCAGACAGGUGAAUCAAUCUCAGUAACUGGACCACUACCUAAUAUUUAUCAAGACUGCCGUCAUCAAGUCUGUACAUCAACAUUUAUGUCACUUCCUGCACAUUCACAUCAAAAUAAAUCAAAAAGUGGUCACGUAAUGGAUGAGUUAGAAUCGUACUCAGUAACUAACAUCCGAAAAGAAGCAUAUGAUUAUCUUCAAAUUUUUCAUAAAGACAAAAAUACUUCGGAAGUAGAUUAUAAAAAACGAUUAGAACAAGUUGAACUCGAGAUUGAACAUACACGUAGCUAUGUACAUACAACUGAUGAAAUCGAAUAUGGAGGUCAAUUAGCUUGGCGUAAUGCAUCACGUUGUAUCAAUCGAUUAUUUUGGCGUGAUCUCAAAAUUAUUGAUCGUCGAGAUGUGAAAACCAACCAUGACAUGUUUAAAGAAAUAUGUAAUCACAUCCGUUUUGCAUAUAAUAAAGGUACAUUACAAUCAUCGAUUCUUGUAUUCAGUUCUCGAGCACGAAUGUGGUCAACACAGUAUCUACGUUAUGCUUGUUAUGAACAAUUAAAUGGUACACUACUCGGUGAUCCAGCGAAUCGACAUCUAACUAAAGCAGCAAUGCAACUUGGUUGGAAUAAACCAGAAACAGAACGAACACAAUGGGAUUUACUACCCAUUAUCGUUCAAAUUGAUCCAAAUGAACCUCCAAGUUGGUAUGAACUUCCACAAGAUCUACGUCUUGAAAUAUUCUUAUCACAUCCUGAUCCAAAAUAUGAUGCAGCAAUUAAACAAUUAGGUCUACGAUGGGUUGUUCAACCUUAUGUUUGUGAUAAAGCUAUUGAAAUUGGUGGUAUUUUUUAUCGAAGUGUUCCAUUUAGUGGUUGGUUUAUGGAAACUGAAAUUGGAAGAAAUCUAUGUGAUAUACAACGUUAUAAUAUUAUUCCAAAGUUAGCUGUUUUAUUGAAUCUUGAUGUUACUACUGCGGCUAAUAGUCAAUUGAACGUUGAUCGAUUAUAUGUAGAAAUCAAUGCAGCUGUUCUUUAUUCGUUUCAAAAAGCUCAAAUAACUAUCGUUGAUCAUCAUACAGCUGCUGCUGGAUUCAUUAAAUUUAUGAAACAAGAAGUAAUUCUACGUGGAAAUACUCCAGCUGAUUGGGUAUGGCUUGUGCCACCUAUUAGUGGUGGUAUGAGCAGUGUGUUUCAUCAAGAAAUGCUUAAUUAUGUUGUUAAACCACGAGUGUUAGAUCAACGGGAUCCUUGGACUUACUAUGGUCCGUUUCUCAAACAUAAACAAAAUUUAACAUUGUCUACAGAAAAUAAACGUCGUCGUCGCUGGCUACUGGUACGUGCUGUAUGUGUUAUUAUUGGCUUUGCUCUGUCAGCUAUGAAACGACGAAUACCUAUUCAUGUUCUCUAUGCAUCAGCUAGUGGAACAGCACAAUCAUAUGCUGAACAAAUGGUCAAACGAUUAAAAAUUACAGGUUAUAAUGCUAUAUUAAUGGAAUUAGAUUCAUAUCCAUUUGAACAAACUAACAACACUCGAGCAAUCAUCUUCAUUAUAACAUCAACAUUUGGUCAAGGAAAUGCGCCAGAAGGUGGACAAAAAGUAGAACAAUGGCUACACAAUGUAACUAAUAUUGGUAUGAAUAAUAGCACCAGUAAUAUGAAACGUAUAAGUCUUCAAAAUAAUCCUAAUCAAUCAAGUGAAAUAAAUAAAUCUUCGUUGAAUUGGUGUUCUUACGCAGUUUGUGCUAUUGGUUCAUCGGCAUAUCCAUUUUUUUGUGGAUUUGGAAAAUUAGUUGAUACUUCAUUUCAAUUACUUGGUGCACAUCGAUUAGCUCCAUUUGCUACAUGUGAUGCACUCAAUCAACAAUACAAAAGUUACAAUGAAUGGGAAGAAAAUACUGUUAUAGCCUUAAAAUCAGCAUAUCCACAUGCUUGUUCACGUAAGGAAGAUAUCCGACGUUCUCCACUAGAUCGUGCUCCUUCUUUGAGAAGAGAAGUUUCCUAUGUCGAGCAGCAAGUCAAUCUGACUAAACCUCUUCGACCAACGUCUAUUCCUUUAACAUUUAAUACAAAUGAUUCUGAAACAAUUCCAUCUGAACCAGUUGGACCUUUCACGAAAGAAAAUUCAUAUCUAGCUACUGUCUUACAAAAUAUCGAGUUAACUGGCUCUGACAAUAAUAUUAAUGAUUUUGAUCGACAAGAUCAACAGACAUCAUCAACAACUGACUCUAUACAAUCAAAAAGGAAAGUGACAAUUCCUUCAAGUUUUAAUAAUGUCAGUAACGAUGGAUAUCGAUCUGUUCGUUUAAUCGUAUUGGAUACAACUGAUUUAAAUUAUUACCCGGGUGACCAUGUUUGUAUUCUACCAGAAAAUACAUUAGCCAAUGUUAAUGGUGUUAUUGCAGCAUGUGGAUGGCAACUAGGAAAUAAACUUUUAAUUGUUCCUUGUUCACUAUCAAGUUAUACUAAUGGAAAAUAUCAAACAUUACGACAAAUCUUAACAAAUUUUGUUGAUCUGACUACGCCAUUACGACCACAUACGUUGAAUACUAUUGCUACAUAUGCUAAAGAUACAAAUGAACAACGACAGUUAAUGGAAUUAGGUAAAGGUGGACAAAGAUAUACUGAUUGGAUUGUCAAUUCACCAACUGUUAAAGAAACAUUAGAAAUGUUUAGAUCGAUUCAAAUACCUCUAGAAGAACUCAUUCAAGUAAGAUUUUUAUUAUAA